AAACACACCCUUAGUAAAUUUGUGAAAAUGUAAUAAUAAAAAUUGGUCGGAUAAUUUAGUCUUUUCAUAAAUUUUAGAUUUGAGGGAUAUCAUGUAUAAUUUGGGGAGUGGCAUCUUAAUUCAUCGAUAAUUGAAGACGAAUCCCAAUUCCUCCAUUGUUUCAUUCCAGUAGCUCCAUAAUCGAAAGACCUCCACAGUUUCUGGCAUUCGGUUUUGUGUUGUUCACACAGGAAUUUUUCGGAAACAAUGAGGCGACAGGGGCAGUAUGGUGAUGCAUCUGCUAAUAGUUAUGGGGCUUCGCAGAUGCAUCAUCAUCAUCAUCAUAUGGCUGGUCAAAGGGUGGAGACUAAGUCUGGUAAUUUUGAAGGGCGGCUAGAGGCGUUCACUCCUGAAAGAGAUAAUUCGUAUCCAAAUUCUAAGCUGGAGGGUCAGUGGAGAUGGGAAUUGGAUGAAUCGAAGAUGUCUAAUCCUAUGACGUCGCACAUGUUUAAUGAAGGUCAAGGGGGUGAUGCUUCAAGGUCCUAUUUUCAAGGGCAGAGGCCUGAUCCUAAAUUAGCUUUGCAGAACCGGAGCAACAGUGAUUCCAGAUCUCAGGCCCAUGGUGAAGAUAUAGAUGUUAGAUAUGAAGGAAAUCAUUCAUCACAAACUUUUGAAGGUCUUGAGCAGAAUUUUCAUGAUGACAUUAUUAAACUGACUAAAGAACAGCAGGAUGUUGAAGAUGCAGAACAUGCCAGGCAUAGAGAGAAAAUAAACGCUAUCAAUACUCAAUAUGAAGAAAAACUGGAAGCACUCCGAGCUCGGCAUGGAAACCGCAGGGCUGAAUUUCUUCAAAGGGAAUCACUUGCUAGACAACAGCAGUAUGAGCAAAUCAUCCGGGAUCCUUACUCUUCCAGCAGUGGCAUGACACCUAGAGACUCUCAUGCUCACAGCAAUGUUAAUGCUCCAGCUUCUGGUGGAGAACCCCCACGAGGCUAUUCCGCUGAUCACUUUGAUCCCUACCGAGAGCAAUCUCGAUUUCUCGGUAAUGCAAGAGAUCAAGGAUUCGAACCUAGAGGUCCUUAUCCUGGGGGACGUGUCUAUGACACCUGUUCACGUUACUACAACUGAGUUUUGACCAAAAGUUCUCCUCUCUUGUUCGGUUUGUACCAAGUGCAGUUUAAAUUUCAUACAUGCAGUUGGAUGUAGGGUGACUAGGAUGUUUGUUGUGUUUGUGAAAUCCAGUUCCAUUAAUAAUUUUAUUCCAUUUGAGAACAACUGCGUAGAACCACAUUUAGCUAGGAAGGAUGGCAUGAAUGAAUUAACUUGUUGUAAACUGGGGUUAGGCUAAAUUUGUAUUUAUAUCUCUGUUAUCAGUUGUUUAAUGGGUUUUUUUCCUCCUGGUUAUGGUAUUUUUGUUCUAAAAAUGAUGCUCCUAGUAGUGAUUGGUUUCUAAA